GCUGUGUACCAGGCACCACUGUGCUAGGCCUUAUGGUUACCGGGGUGAGCAAGAUGGACCUGAAACCUAGUGCCUGAGACAGUGAAGAAAUAAAGUUAUUCCAAAUUGUGGCAGCUGCUGUACAGAAAACAAAGCAGUGCUGACCUGGGAGACCACCUUUCACCAGAACAGGCCCAGAACGUCCUUUGAGAAAGGUAGUGUAAGCUGAAACUUGUUGAGUGACAAGGAUCCAGUCCAGCAAGAAGGGGAAAGAGAGAAGGUGGAAGGAAGAAUCUUUCAGCAAGUUCAGAGACUGUGAGGUGGCACGAACUCGGAGUGUUGCAGAACUGGAAGAGGCGAGUGAGAGGAAGAGUGGUAGAAGCCUAAUUCUUUGGCUCUAGGCGCGAACUUCUUGCGGAUGGAGUCAGCUCCUGAGAAGAAGGAAGCCUUCUAGGACUGGCCUGACUGUUGGGUCUUCCUCCUUGACGCCUUUAGCUCCUUGUCCGAACCUGCUCUCAAAGACCGUGUCAGGGGCUCUGGCCGCAGCGAGCCUGCCAUUUCUCUUCCAUCUGAUACUUCAGCUGUCAUGCCGGAUGCCUAGUUCCAAAACUAUUUAAUGAGGCUGAUUCACAGUCUCUCUUGGUUGUCAUAAUAACAGCUAACACAGAGAGGCAGUGGAUUUUUGAGAAUACAGGCCUCAGAGCCAGACUGCCUGAGUUUGAACCCAGCUCUUGCACACACUAGUUGUGUGACCCCAAAAUCUAGUACUGAUCAUCACAAAGUGGAUUCUGGAAGAAGAGAGGGAGAGAAGCCCUUGGGCCGAGCUGCUGCGAUGGAGCUCCCCAACUAUAGCCGGCAGCUGCUGCAGCAGCUCUACACUCUGUGCAAGGAGCAGCAGUUCUGUGACUGCACCAUUUCCAUUGGUACCAUUUACUUCAAGGCCCACAAACUGGUCCUGGCUGCUGCCAGCCUCCUCUUCAAAACCCUGCUGGACAACACAGACACCAUCUCCAUCGAUGCAUCUGUGGUGAGCCCUGAGGAGUUUGCCCUCUUGUUAGAAAUGAUGUACACUGGCAAACUACCUGUGGGCAAGUACAACUUCUCCAAAAUCAUCUCUUUAGCCGACAGCCUACAGAUGUUUGAUGUGGCUGUUAGUUGUAAAAAUCUUCUGAGCAGCCUUGUAAACUGCUCUGUUCAGGGGCAGGUGGUAAGUGAUGUCUCAGUACCAGCCUCAGAGUCCUUCAGGAAGGAAUUGGAGAAGCCAGAAGUAGAAAUCCUUUCCUCUGAGGGUGCUGGAGAGCCUCAUUCCUCCUUGGAGGUUUCUACCCCUCCAGGGGGCCCUGUGAAGGCCGAGACUGAGGAGACUGAGGAAGCAGUCCAUACGGUUGCCCAAGAGAUGAGUGUGGGUCCUUCCACUGCCCAGGAGCUUCAGGGGACUGCAGACACCCCAGUGGAGACUCUGCAUGCAGCUCGAGUUUGUUCCCCCUGCCCUGUUGUACAAGCCUUUAGUGAGGCAAAGGAGACAAGCCCAGAACCAGAGUAUGUGAAGAAACACUACCAGUUGAAUUUCCUUCUAGAAAAUGAAAAUAUCUUCUCAGACGCACUCUUGAUUACCCAUGAUGUCUUAAAAAGACUAGAAGAAUGUUCAGAAAUUAAAGGUGCACAGAAGGAGACCAUAAUGGGAUGUCUUGAGGGUGAAGAAGGACAUGCAGCAUUCCAGAGAAUCCUGGAUAAAGUAAGAGAUGAGAGCCUGGAUGUUCAGACUGUCGUGUCCCUGUUGAGGCUGUACCAAGAUUCUAACCCUGCAGUAAAGACAGCGCUGUUAGACAGCAAGCCGGAGGAUGUAGAAGCAGUGCGGCCAAAAGCUCUUCCUCCCCCAGGGAGCACGGAGGAGGGAAAGACCUUGUCUGUUCUGUUGCUGGAACACAAAGAGGACCUGAUCCAGUGUGUAACACAGCUGAGACCUAUUGUGGAGUUCCUGGAAACAGCCAAGGAGGAAUUCCUGCCUGGCCCUGAGAAAAGGGUGAUUCUGGAUUGCUGUGAGGGCAGAAAACCCAAGGAGACAAUAGAAAAUUUGUUGCACAGGAUGUCUGAAGAGAAGACCCUUGCUGCUGAGAGUUUGGUAAAACUCCUUCAGGCUGUGAAGAUGACAUUCCCAAACCUGGGCCUUCUGCUGGAGAAUUUGCAGAAAUUAGCCGCUUUGCCGAGCACCACAGUCCAAGCAAGUGCGGAUGAUUAUGGGACUGAGCUGUUGAGACGAUAUCAAGAAAACCUUUCUGAGAUUUUCACUGACAACCAGAUGUUACUAAAAAUGAUCCCACGUGUGAAGAGUUUAGCCUCUGGAGACAGAGAGGUCAUGGAGAAGCUUGUGCAGCGUGACUCUGGUUCGGGCGGUUUCAGUUCCCUGGUGUCAGCAGUUCUAGAGAAGCAGACUCUCUCUGCGGCAGCCGUUUGGCAACUGCUGCUGGAGGCUCAGGAGGCAAAGAGCUGCCCACUGAACCUGCUCGUGGAGGAAAUACGAAGGGAGCCUGGGGCCGAUGCUUUCUUCCGAGCAGUGACCACCCCACAAAGUGCUGCCUUAGAAGCUGUCCUGAGACAUCACAAACUGAUCCUGGAGGCCAUCCAGCAAAGGACUGAACUCAAGGGCUUUCCCUCAGAGGACGAGAGCCUGGUGGACACUGUGAAAGAGAUUCUGAGCGUUUCCUCUGAGACAGCCAGCCCCGAAGCCUCUCUGAGAGCAGUGCUGAGCAGAGCCAUGGAGAAAUCCGUCUCGGCCAUUGAAAUAUGUCACCUCCUGUGCAGCAUCCACGGAUCUUUCCCCAGCCUGCAGCCUGUCAUGCGGGAGUUAGCACACGCUGGUUUCCUUACUCAGGAAAAUGGAGAGGAAGGGUGGAAGGUGAGUAAUACAUUUCACCUUGAAGCCAAUGACAAAGCAGAUGAAAAGGCGGCUGAGCCAGCUGAAGAAGACCGCCAGUCUGGGAAGCAGAACGAGCAAGGAGAGGCUGGCUCCUUGCCAGAACAAGAGAACGACACGUCUGCCUCCCCAGACUCUGCCAAGAAGAGCUUCAUCUGUAAGGCCUGUGACAAAAGCUUCCAUUUCUACUGCCGCCUCAAGGUGCACAUGAAGCGCUGCCGGGCAGCCAAGAGCAGACAGGUGCAGUGUAAAGAGUGUAACGAGACCAAGGAUUCUAAGAAAGAGCUGGAGAAACAUCAGCUGGAAGCCCAUGGUGCAGGUGGAGAGACUGACGUCCCCAAGAAGAAGAAGAAGAGGCUCCCGGUGACGUGUGACCUCUGUGGAAGAGAAUUUGCUCACGCCUCAGGCAUGCAGUACCACAAGCUGACAGAGCACUUUGACGAGAAGCCUUUCUCCUGUGAAGAGUGUGGGGCAAAGUUUGCAGCCAAUUCUACCCUGAAGAACCACCUUCGCCUCCACACUGGGGACCGCCCAUUCAUGUGCAAGCACUGCCUCAUGACCUUCACUCAGGCCUCUGCCCUGGCCUACCACACCAAGAAGAAGCACUCAGAAGGAAAAAUGUACGCAUGCCAAUACUGUGAUGCUGUGUUUGCCCAGUCCAUUGAGCUAUCCCGCCACGUGAGGACCCACACUGGCGACAAGCCGUACGUCUGCCGGGACUGUGGCAAGGGCUUUCGGCAAGCCAAUGGCCUCUCCAUCCACCUGCACACCUUUCACAACGUGGAGGAUCCCUAUGACUGCAAGAAGUGUAGGCUGAGCUUCCCCACCCUGCAGGACCACCGCAGGCACAUCCACGAGGUGCACUCCAAGGAGUACCACCCCUGCCCCACGUGCGGGAAGAUCUUCAGCGCCCCUUCCAUGCUCGAGCGGCACAUGGUGACCCACGUCGGAGGGAAGCCCUUCAGCUGUGGCAUCUGCAACAAGGCCUACCAGCAAUUGUCUGGUCUGUGGUACCACAAUCGGACCCACCACCCUGACGUGUUUGCUGCUCAGAACCAUCGAUCUUCCAAGUUCUCGUCACUCCAGUGCAGCUCCUGUGACAGAACCUUUCCCAACACCGUUGAGCACAAGAAGCACAUCAAAGCGGAGCACGCAGAUAUGAAGUUCCACGAAUGUGAGCAGUGUAAGGAGCUCUUCCCCACGCCAGCUCUGCUGCAGGUUCACAUCAAGUGCCAGCAUUCAGGCUUGCAGCCCUUCAGGUGCUUGUACUGCGCGGCUACGUUCCGCUUCCCCGGGGCCCUGCAGCACCACGUGACCACGGAGCACUUCAGGCAGUCGGAGAGCACCUUCCCUUGUGAGCUCUGUGGGGAGCUCUUCACCUCCCAGGCCCAGCUGGACGGCCACUUGGAAUCUGAGCACCCAAAGGUGACAAGCACUGAAACCCAAGCAGCAGCCUCGCAGAUGGUGCAGGUGAUCCAAACCCCAGAGCCAGCGGCCCCAACAGAGCAGGUGAUCACUUUGGAGGAGACCCAGCUUGCUGGCUCGCAGGUGUUUGUGACGUUGCCAGAUUCGCAGACAUCUCAGACCAGCUCUGAACUCGUGGCUGUGACCGUGGAGGAUUUGCUGGAUGGUACCGUGACCCUGAUCUGUGGUGAGGCCAAGUGAGCUGCUGCCCCUCCAGUGGAGGGCCCUGCGUUUGCUGCAGAGAGAGCACCCCGAAGCUUGCCCUUUGCUCUCCACCCCUGCUAUCCUGAGGGGGCAUCUUAGCCUGGCACCAGCCUAAAUGGUCUCACUUGGAAAACAGACAAGCAUCAUUGUUUCCAUAGAACCAGCAAGGUCCCAGUCAUCAACGUCAACACCACCACCCUCCGUAGCAGGCAGGCCUGUUUGCCCCCACGUCUCCUGCUGUGGCCUCUGUGACGCUGUCCAUCCCAGUGGAGUGUAGCUUCUGAAAGAGCAGUGGGAUAGGAGCCCUCAAGGCAGCCAGAGGGGUGAUGUGCCAGCAGCCCUCCGUGUGCAGAACAGCAGGUGGAUAUGGGCCGUGGCCCACAGAGUGGGGCUGCAUAUGCUGCCAGUGCCUUCUGACCAUUUAAACUGAGAAACAAGCACCAGCAGACUGUCCAGGGACUCCCAGCCUUGAGCACACUUGCCCCGCCCUCACUUGUAUCACCCUCCCAGCUGCUUGGGUCACCAGCCCCAUUGUGGUGGCCCUAGGGCAGGUGGCAGCGUGUUAAUGAAGGAAGGCUUCAUUCCCGCGUUAUCAGUACAGUCAGCCCUUCCCCAGACAAAGCCUUUGGAGUGUUCCUGCUGGAAUUCUUCCCUAGAGGCCGUCCAGUUGCAAAGACCGUCUCUGCCUUUCCAGGAUGGUCUCCAUGCUGUUCUGUACCUGAAGGCUGGUUCCUGCGGCUUUUCCAUGUCAUCCUCAUCCCCUUUCCCUAAUCAAAGCCUAAAACUCUCCUGACCUGGAGGCCUUGCGCCUGCUCUGGAUCACGUCCUGUAGCUAAGGAACCAGCGCCAGGUGGAGCAGCGCCCGUGACUGCCCCUGGCUCUUCCUCCUGCCACGGUCUUUCAUACGCCGUGAGUGGCCUGCUGUCUGAGCUCUUCCGGGCUGCCACUGUUAGUGCAGGUCAGUGAUCCCUUGGAGUCUGAAUUUCACAAAGCUUUUUUAUCUUCAGUUCCUAAAAUAUAAUCUGAUAAUUAAUGGUUUGUGGGAUCCAUUCUGAAGUGCAAUUAGAUGGAUGUAGGCUCCCGCCGUUCGGAGGGAAUUACUGGCGUUUAUCUUCCUUUCCUCGAUGCCAGAAGGUUGAAGUCUGCUAGUGCAGUGUCUACACAUCAGGCAGGGCCCCCUGCCACAUUGUGUGGCCUGACCCCUUGCGGAGGGCAGGGCCCAAUUAUAUCACUCACCCUCAAGCUACAGGCUGGCAGAACACAAGCCACCCCUUUUUUCUAAGCACAUGUCACAUUACCAAGUACAAGCAGGGGUAGGGGGUCAAUUUGUGUCAUGGUCGGGACUUGUAUUGCCAUCACACAUUGCUGGGGAGACCGAAGGUGGAACCUUAACAGUGACCAGUGUGUUCGUGUCUGGCCAUCCUGCUUUGUGCAGGCAGCUGGGCCACGUACCCCAGGCAUCUGCUCCUGCCCCAGUGGGUCCUCAUUUCGAUAUGCAAAUCACUUGAGCUGGUCUGCUCAGGGAUCUUCCCAUUCCGAAGUAAAUGAAGUUUUCAAAGGCAUGUUGGCCUCAAAAGCCGAAAACUGACCAGAAGAUGGUGCUCAAACCUUUAAGACUUCGCCUCCAUGGAAGGCCCUCAGUGCUUCUGCCGAGACUGUCUCUAUCUUAAGGUUUUUCAGUCCAGUGAGCUGUCAGAGCAGGAGAGCUCUUGAUCUGCAGGGGUGCAAUGGCUCUGAAUCUCUCCUGGCACCAGAGAAAACCCACUGACAGAGAGUGGAGUGGCCCGUGCCACAGGGCCUGAGCCAGGCCCAGCGGACGCGCUCCUCACAAGCUGUGGGCAGGACUCCUUCCAGCCAGAAAACAAAAGAAAGUCAAAAAUUAAUUGCUGAGGGCCUGUAGGGGAAAGUGAUUUUUCUUUUUAGAAAGUCUUCUGAGUAAUGAAAACUAUAUGUUUUAAAUCCAAGUUUCAGAUCCUUUUGGGUACUGAGAGGCCCUUUCUCGGGUUUCUGACAGAGACCCAGAUGGUGGCAGGACACUCAAUUUCUUCCGGAUCACCAGACUUGCAGUUGCUCUGCCAGGAGCGAUCGAGAGCCGGCCUCCCUGCGGGCUGCACUUCCCUGCGGCACACUCGGCAGGAGGCACGGCCCCUGCUGGUCCUCAGCGAGACGGAGGGGUCCGUCCUGAGUCCAGCCUGCUCUGAGCGCACCUCCGCAGGACGCCGCACUGCCAAGGAGUUCAGUGUUGCUCCCUGGAGACGCCCGCGCUUGGAUUUUAUUGUAGGAAGAGUUUUUCUAGCCAUUUUAUUACUUUCUCGACUUCUGCCCAAGAGCCCUUCUGAGUUGCUGCCGCAGAGGACAUUGUCACCUGUCUCUUUAGUCCACACCACUGGUCUCACAUGGCAGUGGGGUUCUCUUUGCCUCGGUGCUAUGGGUGCUGCCCUGUGGCCUCCGGGCUGACCCCUGGGGCAUUGGCAGGGGUGUGGAGGAGUCUGGGCUUCUUGGGACACUUGGAUUUGUUUGGGGGACCCCAAACCUCCCUGCUCCCAGAGAGCAUAAGGCAGCUGGUGGGGAGGGACGGGCAGGCAGACUCCAAGCUGGAGCCUAAUUCUGUGGGAAUGAUGGGGAUCCCUCAUGGAACAGGAUUUGCCCAUCCCGGGUAAGUGAGAGAGCAAAUAGAUGAGUCAAGAGCAAGGAUUGCUGUAGAAUGCUGGGACUGGCCAGGUACGUGAGCAGAGCCGGGGACCAGAGGGGCAGCGACACAGGGCUGUACUCGUUUACUGUAUAAAGCCUCUCUCUUCUGUCCCAGAAGCUCUGUGGUUGGAAAGCUGAGCCCAGUGAGUAUCAUGGUUACAGUGUACAGGCUGGGUUCCUCUGUUGAUUCAGGCCCUCAGGAAGCAUUCUGACUCUCCCUCCCACCAACCACAGAACGCACGUCAGCCUCCUCCCCCAGGGGAGGGCUCUGAUGGUCCGGGGGUGAGGGAUGAAAUGAGGUCCAGCCCGAUGGGGGUGAAUGGGGAGACAAGGUCCCUGUUCUCUGCUCACGGUCUAAAGCAGGAAUACUCCCAGAGUCGAGGAGAAAGAUGAGAGGGACCCAAAGAGUCUCUCACCCCAGGUGAUAUUGCAGUCACCACAGGCCGAUGACAUGGUAAUGGGGUGGCUGUGCCUUUAAAUCUCAUGUGCCUGAGGUUUGUAGAUUGACUAAGGGAUGGAAGAAACUGCUAACCUUACAGAGAAUGGGUCUAGGGGAUAAGCAGUAUUUCUAGUAAAUGGACUAGACAGUUGGACUGUGGUGGAGAGAAUACUGAGAGGCUGCAAGCAGGCCUCCCAAGGGAAGAAUUCAGCAGCCCAGCCCCGCUCCACUUGGCCCAGUGUAUCCCUGGGAGAAAAUGGGAGUAAAAGAAAGAUCCGGGGUUGAAGGGAGUGUCGAAGGCAAGGUGAUAAUUGUUUUGUUGCCAUGGAAAACCUGGAGCUGGUAGGACUUGGGCCAAAAGCUCAGAAGAACAGCCAGAACCCAGAAGCUUGCCACACCUACGACGGGGCCUGUAAGGGAGAAAGGAGCUGUCUGUGCUUUGGGGACUACGUUGUCGGGGGGCGGGAAAUCAUCCCUGGGCUAAUUUAGAUCACUUCCAAAUCGUGGAAGUGUUUAUUGUUUCCUUUACAGAGGCCAGCCCCACCUGCCACCACCCAUGGCCAGGACGGCUAGCCAGCACGUGAUGCUGUAUAAAUUGGAUUAGAAACCAUUAUUCAUGUUCAACUUGCACUACUCUAUAUAAAUAAAAUAUGUACUUUGAAAAAAAC